UUGGGUUGGAAGGGGCUGGAAAGCAGAAAGAGGAUCGGUGGGCCACAAGAACGCAAGAAAUCCAGAUGAAAGCAGGGCCGCCUCUCAACCUCCACCACCAGUUGAGAUAUCGUGGCACCACCAAUCCGCUACUGCCCAAUGUUUCCCCUGUUGAUAUUUUCCUCGCCGCCCAUUCCAUCACGGCAGUAGGCAGUACUCCUUCGUACCAAGUUCGAGAGAAAGCAAGAUGCUUGCUUCUGCUGCUGCUGCUACUGCCAUCACAAAGCCAAGCCUCUCCUGUUCCGGACUUCGCUUCUCUUCCGACAUCAAUUCGAUCCCUCCCUCGACGCCGGUGGCCGCCGCGGCCGGCUUCCGGUCCUCCUGCUCCGCCGCUCGCUCGUUCCGCGUCAGAAGCGCCGCCACGAAACCUGCGAAAUCACCUGCCGAAGAAGACUGGAAGACCAAGCGUGAGCUUCUCCUUCAGAAGAGGGUCCGUAGUGUUGACGUAAAGGAAGCACUGCGUCUCCAAAAAGAAAACAAUUUUGUAAUUUUGGAUGUCCGUCCUGAAGCAGAAUUUAAGGAGGCUCAUCCACCAGGUGCAAUCAAUGUACAAAUAUAUAGGCUUAUAAAGGAAUGGACCGCAUGGGAUAUUGCUAGGCGUGCUGCUUUCGCAUUCUUUGGAAUAUUUUCUGGCACAGAAGAGAAUCCCGAGUUUAUCCAGAGUGUGGAGUCAAAACUUGAUAAGGAUGCAAAAAUCAUUGUAGCAUGUUCAACCGGAGGAACAACGAAACCAUCACAAAAUCUUCCAGAGGGCCAACAGUCCAGGUCUUUAAUAGCAGCAUAUUUGCUGGUGCUGAAUGGGUAUAAAAAUGUAUACCACCUGGAGGGAGGGCUCUACACAUGGUUCAAAGAAGGCCUGCCUGCUGCUGCUGCUGCUGCUGCAGAAGAAGAAGAAUGAGAUGCAAGAUCACAAUGUAAAAUUGUGGCUCUAGGAUUUUGUUCCCUGCAGCCUUUAUUCAUAAUAUCAAUCUGUAAAUGUUUGUGUUAUUUUACAUACAUUCUUUAGCAGACUCUGACAGUUCACAUCAGAAUAAAUGAAUGAUGCUCUUCUUGUUGGGGCCUUAGAAAGUAAAG